ACGGGUUUAUGACACAAGUGCUUACGUAACUGAACUUGAGAGAAACAUGGCGGCCUCCGUCAGGACACUUGUCCGUAGAGUUCUCUCCGAUUUCACGCGAAAUAUUCAUCAUGUUUUAAGGUGUCCAAUCAAACAUGUAUGCUGUCGUGCUGGACUCACAGGAUGUCGCGGAUAUAGCGAUAGCACAGAGGGCAGAAGUACGCACUUUGGUUUCCAAACAGUCCCAGAGGAGGAGAAAGCAGGGAAAGUGUAUAAGGUGUUUGAAAGUGUGGCCAAGAAGUAUGACGUGAUGAAUGACGCCAUGAGUUUGGGAAUACACAGACUGUGGAAAGACACGCUGCUGCACAUCAUGAAUCCUCAGCCGGGACUAAGGCUGCUGGACACGGCCGGUGGCACCGGUGACAUCUCUUUCCGCUUCCUGGAGUACACUCGCUCGAUGUAUGAUCGUCAGCAGCGGAUGAGAGCAAAAUCCCAUCAGGCGCCAUCGUGGCAGGACAUCGCCGAUCGGUAUGCGUCAGACGAAGCAGGGCCUCCACAGUCGCACGCAGUGGUGUGUGACAUCAACAAAGACAUGCUCAAAGUUGGUAAACAGAGGGCAGAGAAAGCAGGAAUCACGACAGGCCUUUCGUGGGUCGUGGGCGAUGCAGAAGAGCUCCCGUUCAAUGACGAUCAGUUCGAUAUAUACACUAUUGCGUUCGGCAUCAGAAAUGUCACCCACAUAGAGCAAGCUCUACAGGAGGCUUUGCGUGUCCUUAAGCCAGGUGGACGCUUCAUGUGUCUAGAAUUCAGCAAAGUGACCAACCCUCUUCUCGCAAGGCUGUAUGAUGCAUAUAGUUUUCAGAUGAUCCCUGUGUUGGGUGAAGUGAUUGCUGGAGACUGGAAGUCAUAUCAGUAUUUGGUGGAGAGCAUCCGAAAGUUCCCAGACCAGGAAACAUUCAAGGAAAUGAUUGAGGAUGCUGGCUUCUUCUGUGUCCAGUAUUUUAACCUGUCCGGAGGAAUCGUUGCCGUUCAUUCAGGAUUCAAGCUCUGAGUGUCAGCAUGCAGCGAGUGUUGCCUUCUCUCCAAAUCAACUCUGACAAGAAAGAGUGUUGUUCAACAAACAAUGAGUGGAGGACAUUAAAAUGAACACCGUUCGACCAGACACUGGGGUCUCAGCAUGAAAAGUCCUUUGUUCGUGUGUUUUUGUUGGUAAUGGAAACACUUUCACUCUCUGGCAGACAUUAAAAUGUUCUUUAAAGUGUUGUGGGUUUAAUUGAGCUGUUGAAAAUGGCUUAAUUUUUAAAGGCUUUUAAAAUGAAAUGUGAGCACUAUUAUUAUUUGUACAAGCUGGACAAUGUGUUUGGUUUUUGGUCUGUGGGAAGCACAUGCUGACCUAGUAAAAGAUUAAAUAUAUUUUGUUCUUUGAUCCCAUUACAAAAUGUAAGUUUAGUAAUGAAUGCUCAUUCAGAAAGUUCUUGCUGUAGUCUGAAUCUGUAUCAAGUGGAUCCACACACACUUUUGGAAUUGGGUCAUAACAUGAAAAACAUCCCUGUGAUGUGUUGUGUUUGGCGAAAAUGAAACCGUCAAAUGUGUGUUUUUACUUUAAUAAAACCAUAUAUU